AUGAACAAUAAAUCAAUGAACGAUUUACUAGUUUCUGAUUCUGAUAUAACACCACAGAAUAAGCAAAAACCUAGUGAGUGUAUUAUUCCCCAACUACAGAACGUAGUUGCUACUGUGAAUUUAAAGAGAACACUUGAUCUUAAAUACAUCGCACUUCAUGCUAGAAAUGCAGAGUACAAUCCCAAGAGAUUUGCAGCUGUAAUCAUGAGAAUCCGUGAACCUAAGACUACUGCUCUUAUAUUUUCAUCUGUUAAGAUGGUUGUUACAGGAGCAAAGUCAGAGAAGGCUUCUAAAAUCGCUUGUCAGCGUUUUGCAAAGAUUAUAUUUAAAUUG